AUGCCACGGUCGCCAAAGGCUGAAGCCUCUCUUUAUGUCUUCGCUAAGGCCAAACUACCGCUUGACACGCUCGGUCGAGUGUUCUCUUUCGCCUGGACGCUACGAGAUGCGCUGGCUGACAAGCUGGUGGACGUGGUGACGGUACUGCUGGCCACACGUGACUCUCCGUGCUCUCCAGGACUUGCGGACAUCAUCGCCGCCUCGGGUCAAUUGGACAUGCUGCAAGUGCUGCAUUUAUUCCAGGCCGAGGGUUUCUCAACUGACGCGAUGGACGGGGCGGCUAGUAGCGGGUACCUGGAUGUGGUGCGCUUCCUGCACUCGAACAGAAGCGAGGGCUGCACUAAACGAGCGGUGGAUGGCGCUCUGGGCGCGCAUCACUUCGAUGUGGUGCGUUUCCUCAUCCAGAGCCGACCCGAGAAGUGGUCAGGGCGAGCGACUCGCUGGGCGGCUGAGAACGACGAUCUGCAGGCUGUUCGAGACAUCCUCAAGAAGAACAAGGACACCCCCACAGCUGAGGCCAAGGUCGUGGCCUACAAACGGAAGCAGACGCAGAUGCUCAAGGUUUUGUAUGAGGAAGGAACGGAUGCGCGUCCGUCGUACACUUUGGUACACGCCUGCGCGGACAGAGACCUGGAGAUGGCAAAAUAUUUUACUUCAAAGGGCGAGGGCUUUGUCAAGAGCGCAAUGUCUGAGGCCAUAGCGGCAGGGGCGCUGGGGAUUGUCAAGCACCUGCACGAGAACGUGUCUCAGAGAUACACUGAGGCUAGUAGAGUGGUGCCGAUGCAAGAAGCAGCGUUGAAAGGACAGCUCGAGGUGCUGCAGUACUUGAACGAACACGCACCGGAGUUGUCGUGUACUUCACGAGCGAUGGAUGACGCUGCAGCGGGGGGAUUCUUGGACACUAUCAGGUAUUUACACGAGACUCGGGAGGAAGGAUGCACCACUCGCGCGAUGGAUCGCGCUGCUACCAAAGGGCAUCUCGACGUGGUGAAGUUUCUGCAUGAGAAUCGACAAGAAGGAUGCACGACACACGCUAUGGACUACGCCGCGCUAUGGGGCCACCUAGAUGUCGUACGCUUUCUACAUGAGAACCGCCAAGAAGGUUGCACUGCGAGAGCCUUCAACGAAGCAGCUCUGCGUGGACACGUGCAGGUGGUCGAGUUCCUCCUUUACAAUCGACCAGAUAGAUGCAAUGUCGCCCAAGGGAUAAAGCUGGCACGUCAGCGGAAGUGUCAAGCGGUACUCGAGCUAUUGGAGUCACUUCCAAGCGGACUAGCUCGCGCACUUUGA